GGCUGACUCUUCUCAAGGGACGGUAGAAAAUUAGUCCGAGCUCAGACUCUGCAAGAGCUAUACGUGCGACUGCUACUAAAUAAUAAAGAGAGUUAUCAGAUAAGGAAAAUGUUGAUCAUUUUUACUUGUAUGUGGAAGACAUAAAAGAAAAUCCAGCAUCGUCACAGCUCAAAGUGUUCAUACUGUGCUCUCUAGCGAGUUAGAUUUUAUUGUAGCAACAUGAGUGUCAGUACGACCCCACCACCUGUACUCCGCGAUCUGCAAGGACUUCUUCGGUGGAACCUCGUAUACUGAUCAAGGUUUGGAUUUCGAGCACGCAAAUCUGGUUAUGAGAGAAUACGCUCAUUUCCACGCUCUGGGAAUGGCGCUUAGGAUUAAGAAGCCGGAAUUUUGGCAAGCUGCCAGAGAGCCUAUCAAUUCAAGCGCCUAUGAUAUGCCGGAAGAAGAGUUGGAUGACGUGGCCAAACACACGGUUGAACUUCUCUGCUCCGAUCCGGGAAUCAACAAGUACGAAGAUCGAAUUAGAAAGUCUAUUAUGGCGAACAAAAGUGUUAAGGCUUUAAUGGCCGUGGAGGAGAACGAGCCCUGGGUUUCUAUUGUACACGGAGAUGGUUGGGUCAACAAUAUACUCUUUCAUCAUGCGAAAAAUGGCAAAGUCGACAAAGUCAAGUUCGUCGAUUACCAAAUAACAAGGAUGAGCAGUCCACUCCUGGACCUUCCGUACUUCUUGUGCACAAGCAGUAACGCCGAUGUCAUGGACAAUCACUUUGACGAGUUACUCGACGUGUAUCACUCGAGAUUCGUCGAUGUUUUGGCCAAGGUCGGCUGUAACGUUUCGCCCUUUACAAAGGAGAAUUUCAUAGAGGAAUUCAACCGGGUAGCUAAGAAUGAACUAUUUCACUGCGCUAUGGCGCUCAAAUUUAUUACGAUGGAAGUGCAGCAGGACGACGACUUGGGUGAUAUCAAGGCGUCGGUAAUGUUGUCCAGUGCUGAAAAAAUUUUCUUCGAUCGAUCGUGGAAGGUAGUUUCCAAAUUCGUCGAAAAAGGCUGGAUAUAAUUCUUCACUAAUAAUUAAAAUUAUAUACUAUAUAAUUUUACAAGUGUGAAAACUAUAUGAGCAUUCAUAUAUUACAAGCAUGAGAUAUUUUUAUAAUAUUAGAAAAAACAAAUGCAUAUCAACGUGCAAGAAAACUUUUAUAAAACGAACAGAAAAUUAGUAUAUUCAACAUAUCCAAUUCAGUAUGUAAAAAUAUAUUCAUGCUACAACGAUCGUAGAAUUCGCAUACACACCUGAUGACCUUGUUUUUAUUUGCAUUUAAGAUAUUAUAAGUGUGGAUUUUAUUUCUAAAACUUCUAGAAUAUAUCAAUGACAGUGCACUGAUCCGAGUAAUUAUCUUCAGCAGAAUAGUAACAAUGUAUCCGACAACAAAAAAUCGCGCAUGCCAAUUAGCUUAUCGUUUAUUACACUAAUUAUACAUCCAUCAAAAAGUUGUAUUCUGCUUCAUAACUAAAUUGAGUACGACUCGCGGUAAGUAUUCGAAACGCGACGGGAGGAGGCUUGUCCUUGUGUCAGUAGCUACCUAAUAUACGAAAAUUCCCGAAGCGACGUCAUGCAGUUCUAAAAACACAUCAGUUGUAUUUCUAGGCUUGCGCAAUCGCUUGGUUAAAUGGCACGUUACUUCGGAGCUGCAAUGCGAACAAACGUAGGUCUGCGUUGAAAAUCGGCGUUGACUUGUCUCUACACUAUUAGACGUGAGGAUAAUUAAAGGUCACGGAAUCAUUCAUUCUCAGCUAAAUAAUUCGUCGCAUACACGUGCCAUCGUGCUAUGAUAACAGUGACCAUUCUCAGCAAAUAUUAUUUUUAUUAUCAUAUGAUGAGAUUGCGAUCUUAGGUAAAGAUGUCAAAGUUUUUCUAUAAAGCUAUACGAUGCCGGAAAAAUCAUGUUAGUUAAUAAUAACAUCUGCAAUCAUAUCAUAUAGAGAGAUACAGCAGUGAGUGACGCCCCCAUAUCCGCACAUACUCAUAUCUUUGCAUGCCUAUGUACAUCACGGAUUACAUUUAAAUAAUUUAUGUAUUUAGGUAUGCAGUUUUUUAAAAUAUUUACUGCCAAUAUUGAUCAUUCUAUGAAUCAACUUUAUAUAUCAUUGUAUAAUAAUUGCCUAAUCCAAAAAUAAAAUCGUAAGGUUCGGAAUUCUUUUUUCAAUAUCUACUAUUUCAACUUUGUUUCAAGGUCGUUUGGCGAGACACGAGUCAGAUACUUAAAUUAGACAGUUUGUUAGUGGCAGCUAAAAGACACAGAGGUACGACGUAUUAUAACACAUGCAGUGAAGGCAUAUACUCGUGCGAAGCAAUGAGUGACGUAAUGUCAAAACGAUAUAAUAUUUUCCCGGAUCACUAUGACUCGAGCUAUAGUGGGACUAAAAGCACGUUAUAACAUGAUAUAUAUGUAUUAUAAAUAAGAACCAGAGGACAGUUGUUUGAAUUCAAAUCACAGUUUUAACUGAUUUAUUUAUAGUGUAUUAUAAAAACAAUGAGAUUUUUUAUUAAUAAUAAUUUUGAAGUAUU